AUGUGGGCGGGCCACGCUUUCCGGGGCGGGGCGCGCCCCGGCCGGCGGCCGGCGGGACGCGACCGGGGCGCCGUGCGGCCCGGCCACACGCGCAGCGCCACGCUGGCGGACAGCUCGGACCUUGACGACUCGACCGAUACCAGUGAGUUCAGCUCAUCCAGCCUAGGCAGCGGCUCUGGAGCGGGCAGCGCCGACGGCAGCGGCGGAGCUGCGCACCCAGUCGGCGGGGGCGGCGGUGGCGACGAAGGCGCCGGUGCCGACGGUCGCAGCAGCGGCGCCGGUAACGGGGGGCCGGUGCUGGGGGAACCGACGUCGGGCCGCCAGGGCGGCCAGGGCAGCCAGGGCGGCCAGGGCGGCCAGGGCGGCCAGGGCGGCCAGGGCGGCCAGGGCGGCCAGGGCGGCCAGGGCGGCCAGGGCGGCGGCAGCAGCAGCGGGCAGGCUUUUGGCCAGGACGGCUGCAGCUAUAGCGCUGGCGCGGGUGCGGACGAUGCGGGUCGCAGCAGCAGCGUCAGCGCCGCCGCGAGCGCGCUGCGCAUCAAGCGGCUGAAUAACGACCCGGACUACGAGGUGCCGGAAGGCAAGCUGACCGAGACCCAGGUGGUGCUGGCGCGCGGCGAUGAGCUGGCGGUGGACCGCUAUGGCUUCAUCCUCGCCCCCGAGGAGGCCCGCGCCCGCGCCGCCGCCGCGCGCUGCCGCCGCACCAAGGCGCAGGCCAAGCGCGACGCGCGGGCGGUGGCCAAGUGGCGGAAGAUGCUGGGCUGCGGGCGCGAGGACUUUGUGGCGUACAUGGAGCGGCGGCCGGCCAAGGUCAAGCGGCGCGUCCGCAAGGGCAUCCCUGACGAGUUCCGGGGCCUGGUGUGGCAGUACCUGUCGGGCGGCCGCGCGCUGAUGUCGGCGCACCCCGCGCUGUACGGCCGCCUGCUGUCGUCCUCCAACGAGGCGGUCGACAUGGAGAUCAUGCGCGACCUCAACCGCACCUUCCCCAACCACGUGCUCUUCAGCCAGCGCCAGGGCCCCGGCCAGCGCUGCCUCUUCCACGUGCUGCGCGCCUUCUCGGCCUGGGACGCGCGCGUCGGGUACGUGCAGGGCAUGGGGUUUGUGGCGGCGGUGCUGCUCAUGUACAUGUCUGAGGAGGAGGCCUUCUGGACGCUCGCGGCGCUCGUCCGCGGCGCGGUGCACCCGCCGCUGGAGGGGCUCUACACGCCCGGCAUGCCGCUGCUGCAGCUGUGCCUGCGGCAGUUCACGGCGCUGCUGCGGCAGGAGCUGCCGCGGCUCGGCGCCCACAUGGCGGAGGAGGGCGUGGAGCCGAGCAUGUACUGCACGCACUGGUUCAACACCGUUUUCGCGUACAGCCUGCCGUUUGAGCACCUGCUGCGCGUGUGGGACGUCUUCCUGCUGGAGGGCAUGAAGACGGUCUUCCGCGUCGGCCUCGCGCUGCUGGCCAGCGCCGCGGACGAGCUGACGGCGGCGCCUUCCCCGCGCUGCGGCGGCCGCCGGACUCGCUCAUGCGGGUGA